AUGAACGAGAUCAUGAAAAAAUAUUGGCAAUGCCACAGUCCAAAUCUCACUCCUCAUUAUUACAAUCUUGAUCUUCCGCUCAGUGCAACUCAAGAAGAAAUUGAACAAGCACAUCGUCGCCUUCUCGAAUUGAUUCAUCCAGAUAAUUUACGAGGUACAGAGCAGAAUAAUAGUGCCGAAACUGCCAUUCAGCUUAUCAACGAGGCUUACGAGGUACUGAGUGACGAUGAGAAACGUUUUCAUCACCUAAUGGUUUGUGAAAAGGUUUUUGGUUGCCGUUCCUCAUCCGAUUAUCUACCCAGAUUUGGAAUUGAUUAUUGGAACAGUCGGUGGGUAAGGAAACAUCGUGAAAUUGACAGCUUCGCGCCUAAACCGUGGCCGUGGGAUUAUGACACUUUAUCAACUGAAUUGAUGUGCCCUACUGGAGAACAUGGCGGUAUUCAGUUUUGUACGGCGACCUGGGUAAAUGUGGUUCAUAUACUUGUGGACAACCUGCUACCUUACUCUAUGAGCGACAGUAUAUGGCGUCGUGUUGAGACCUGGAAAAGUGGGAACCACAGCAAUGAAACGAUUAAGGACAUAUAUCUCGACUUUCAAAGGGGUUGCGAUAAUUUUAAGGUGCUGAUAGAAAAGAGAGAACCGUACAUACCAUGGUCACAAAUUCCGGCAAACACUGAUUGGCCAACUUUAGGCAAGCAGUGUACACUAUUUUGUGUCGAUAUUUUGACUGUACCUUUCGGCAUUUUCUGCAUCAUUUUUUUCCUCUUGACUUUACUUAGUUUCCAGACUGUUAAGAAGCCGAAAAGAGAGCGACGACGGCCAGUCUUUCGGGCCCCAUCGGCGAGAUCUAGUCGUGAGCCGACUUAUCGAACAAUAGAUGGUGAUAUAGCACAAUCACAAAAUCAGUCUCACACUAGAGCAUGGAGGCGACAAAGCUACUCUUAUCCUUCAGAGAGAGAUUAUUACGCAGAUGAAGAAUUCACACUGUUAUACCGUUUAGGAAAGCCACAAAACUACUCUGUCAAGGAAGUCUCAAGUCGAUAUACAAAUCCUUCAGACAAAUCAAAUUCAACACGUUAUCCCACCGUUACAACAAGACAGGGCCGAGCUACAAACUCAGCUACCACCAAUUCGACAGAUGAUUCAAUUCCAACACGAAAUAAGAGCUUAAAAGAGCCCCAGCCUCGUUCCCAAAGUCAAAGUUCAAGUCCAAGUUCCUCUACUUCAAGAUCCUCUUCAACACAAUCCUCCGACACCAAAGCGCAACGAUCACCAAUCCCCGCCAACGCCUCCCAAUUUUUCUCCCUCAACCCCUCCGAACGACACUACUACUAUCCCAACGCCGAUCUUCCCCUCCGCGAACGACACAACACCUCUACAUCCUAUCCACCCAUCCGUCAGCGAUACGUGCACUACGAAGACGAAAAAGACUGGGCAGACGAUGAACGCACACCACGUCUUUGCAUGGCUUUAACCGCAACGGGAAAACAAUGUUCGAGAAGAGUUUCGUUGGUGACGCCCCUGAGUGGGAGUACGGUGGAAGCGUUGGUUAGUCCGCUUUGUUAUCAGCAUCGGCAUGUGAGGAAAUGGGUAAGGGAAGCGAAGGAGAGAGAUCCGCCGGCGGAGGAGAGUGUUUCUUCGGUGGGAAGGGAUGGGUUGCCGGAAGAGGAGAGUAGGAGAUCUUCGGUACGGUUCUUGGAUGAGGAUGAGGAUGAUGAAGAUGACGAGUAUUAG